AUGCCUACUCCUGGGGGAAAGAUCGCUUAUCGGGUCCCAGCGGGCGUUCCACGUCAAGAUCCCUUGCGGACUGGUAGCAGGACACCCGGAAUCAUGACCUCAUCUCUCGCUAUACAGGCUCACACUGAAGAGAUCAAGAAUACUAGUGCUCAGGAGCCUGCGAUCCCGACAAAACACCCUGCCGAGGAUGUAUCUACGGAGCAUGGCCGUCGUCGAGGAGAACGAAUCACUUCGCGGAGACACUCGUUUAUGCACUACGUCCUUGUGAACAACACGUCCGGAGGCGCGGCGUCUAGGAACAGCUGA